AUGGCCCACCCGUACGAGCCCUGGCUGCGCGCGGCCCCCCCGGGGGGUGGCGGGGGGGACGACAUGGGGCUCCCGUCCUGGUGGGAGCUCCACCGGGACGUUCAGGCGGGGGGGUGGAUGGAGCUGCCCCCGGGCGCCGGCGUGGGGGCGGGGCUUCCCCAGGGGGGCCCAAUGGGGCUUCAGUCCCCCAUGGGGCCGUAUGGCUCCGACCCCCAACUCUGCGGGGGGCAGCACGCCCCCCCCCACUGCUCCUCCCACGUCUUCCCCCCGGACGGAUUCAAAAUGGAGCCAAUGGGAUCCGACAUGCUUCCUCCGGACGCCUUUUCCCUCGACGAGCCGCCGGAGCCCCCGGCAACCGCCUCGGCAACGGCGAUGGCAACGGCGACGGCGAGGCCCCGGGCGCCGCGGCGAUCUGCUUCCCGCGGCGCCGGCCAGGCGGCGUGCCGGUGCCCCAACUGCGUCCACGCCGAGCAGUUGGGGGCGGAGCCAGACGGGCGGCGCAAGCACAUGCACAACUGCCACAUCCCGGGUUGCGGGAAGGCCUACGCCAAGACCUCGCACCUGAAGGCGCACCUGCGCUGGCACAGUGGCGACCGGCCGUUCGUCUGCAACUGGCUGUUCUGCGGCAAGCGCUUCACGCGCUCCGACGAGCUGCAGCGCCACCUGCAGACGCACACGGGCGCCAAGAAGUUCAGCUGCGCGCUCUGCCCGCGCGUCUUCAUGCGCAACGACCACCUCGCCAAGCACAUGCGCACGCACGAGGCCCCGCCCCCCCCCGCGGCGCCCGGGGUGGCCGAGGAGAGGCCCAACGGCGAGGGGAGAGCCGAGAAGGGGUUCGACGCCGCUAACACCGCCCAGCCGGAGACCCCAAUGGCGCCCAAGUGUGAGGCGGAGGGGGGGGGGCAGUCCGGGUAG